GCAGGGUGAACGCCGGCCACUCUAGGAUCCUCACUCGGGGAGAGGAGGCAUAGCUGGCGGUGUCACCUCCAGUCGCAACGUACUCCGGGUCGGCCUUGCGCUCGGGGCCUGAGAGGGGCGGCGGCGGGGUCAGGGGCCGCACAAAGAAUGAACCAGCAGUGGAAGAGAAAAUACUGUAAGCUGGCUGACUGCUGGUGAAGAAAAUGCUUUAUUUUUGUGGCAGGCAUCUGUGGGAUCUGUAAUAGAAAUAUUUCCAAGUCUCCUCAAAAGGAAAAGUCUCUAUAAGAAAAACUGAAGACACAGGAGUUGCUCAAAGAAUGCUGAAAUAGAUCUCCAGAUAUUGGAGUAAUUCAAGAUUCUGUGGUUGGCCCUUUUGACUGCUCUCUCUACAGGUUUAAUUUGGGCAUUUACUCAUUUUCAUGGCUCCAAGGACCAUGUAUGUGUUGGGGAUCUUCAAUAUUCAUGUUAUUUUCUCCUUUGGUCUUAUAUGAUUGUUACCUUUAUGAAGCUUUAGUGAUUACAAAGCACUUUUUCUGUCCAUUUUUACCUGAGCUUUGUAAACUCUGAUUUGCAGGAUGGCUGGCUGUGGUGAAAUUGAUCAUUCAAUAAACAUGCUUCCUACAAACAGGAAAGCGAACGAGUCCUGUUCUAAUACUGCACCUUCUUUAACCGUCCCUGAAUGUGCCAUUUGUCUGCAAACAUGUGUUCAUCCAGUCAGUCUGCCCUGUAAGCACGUUUUCUGCUAUCUAUGUGUAAAAGGAGCUUCAUGGCUUGGAAAGCGGUGUGCUCUUUGUCGACAAGAAAUUCCCGAGGAUUUCCUUGACAAGCCAACCUUGUUGUCACCAGAAGAACUCAAGGCAGCAAGUAGAGGAAAUGGUGAAUAUGCAUGGUAUUAUGAAGGAAGAAAUGGGUGGUGGCAGUACGAUGAGCGCACUAGUAGAGAGCUGGAAGAUGCUUUUUCCAAAGGUAAAAAGAACACUGAAAUGUUAAUUGCUGGCUUUCUGUAUGUCGCUGAUCUUGAAAACAUGGUUCAAUAUAGGAGAAAUGAACAUGGACGUCGCAGGAAGAUUAAGCGAGAUAUAAUAGAUAUACCAAAGAAGGGAGUAGCUGGACUUAGGCUAGACUGUGAUGCUAAUACCGUAAACCUAGCAAGAGAGAGCUCUGCUGACGGAGCGGACAGUGUAUCAGCACAGAGUGGAGCUUCUGUUCAGCCCCUAGUGUCUUCUGUAAGGCCCCUAACAUCAGUAGAUGGUCAGUUAACAAGCCCUGCAACACCAUCCCCUGAUGCAAGCACUUCUCUGGAAGACUCUUUUGCUCAUUUACAACUCAGUGGAGACAACACAGCUGAAAGGAGUCAUAGGGGAGAAGGAGAAGAAGAUCAUGAAUCACCAUCUUCAGGCAGGGUACCAGCACCAGACACCUCCAUUGAAGAAACUGAAUCAGAUGCCAGUAGUGAUAGUGAGGAUGUAUCUGCAGUUGUUGCACAGCACUCCUUGACCCAACAGAGACUUUUGGUUUCUAAUGCAAACCAGACAGUACCCGAUCGAUCAGAUCGAUUGGGAACUGAUCGAUCAGUAGCAGGGGGUGGAACAGUGAGUGUCAGUGUCAGAUCUAGAAGGCCUGAUGGACAGUGCACAGUAACUGAAGUUUAAAUAAAAAUGUCUUCAGCUCCAUGCUCAAGGUUGAAAGGGUUACCUGUAAAUUUCUGCCCACGUAACAUUAUACUCAUCCCUAGUAGUGCAUUUUGGGAGUUGGGGUGGGAAGGGGUAUGGGAAGGAUAGACUCAUAAUUAAAAUGUCUAACAUGUCUCUGUUGAGAAAUUUAUUUAAUGUAAGGAACUUGGGUGUUAAUAGUUGAGAGCUGUUUAGUAAUAACCCAGUUUUCUUGAGGUCUGUUUACUUUAUACUUUUUAAAAACUUCUGUAGUUCUUUUGGCCAGUGUGUUUGUAUUAUCUGUGCAUUAAUGGUCCUCAUCUGACUCCUGCAUUGUGUCUUAUUUUUCUGCAUGGAUUGGCAUAAGACCAUUACUAAAAUUUGGCACCUGUGAGAUGUUUGAUAUUAUGAGCAGGAAACAUAAUUUAAUGUACGAAUAGAUGUGAAUUUGGGAUUUCAAAAUAGAUGAAUAACAACUAUUUUAUAGUAAAGUUAUUGAAAUGGAAAUGAAAACAGCCAGUAACUUAUGUUUCAGAAUGUUUGUAACACACUUCAUGGCGUUCCCAUAGGCUUUGCUGUUUAGUCUUAUAGUUUGAGGUUUUUUUGGUCUGCAUUUUUCUUUUUGAUUACAAAAUUUAUAAUUUAAUAAAUACUAGAGUUUAUCAAAAA